ACUAACCUAGCCUAUCAUGUCUUUGGUAGGCUUCAAUGCAGACCGCGAAAAGCCAAGAAUAGAAAAAAAAGUCAUUGUCAAAUAGACAAUAUGGCGGCCUCGUUAAGUGACUUCGUUCCGUGGCUAAAUGAUAAAUUACGAUCACUUAAAACCGACGAAGGUGUUUUUGGAUCAUACAUAUCAAGUAUUUUAGAAAGCGAAGAAUCUAUAGACGACAAGAAAGAUGCAUUGGAAGGUAUAUUGUCCGAGAUUGUGGAAACAGAUAUGUCGAUUCAUGUGGCUGAGAUAUUAGACAAGUGGGAAUCGUGUAGACCUAAAGAUGAGUCCCCUAAGACAGUGUCAGAUGCAGAAAUGGAUAAACGGCUAUCAAAAUUACUGGAGUCUCAAGCGCUCGCGACCACCACUCGGCGGGAGUACACAGACGAAGAAAAGAAAAUUCGUGAAGCUAUUCUUUCUCAAUACAGUCAGCUAUCCGACAAUGAGGAUGAUGUAGAAAAUGAAACUCCUCCUCAUCAAGGUGAUGGCCCAGAGCUUGUAAAGAACACUAAUGCGGCUGAUGUAGCUGCUGCUGCUCGUGAGCGCAGGGAGCAAGCUCGCCAGGAAGCACAAAAAAAGAAGGAAAAGGACAAAGAAGACAGGGAAAAACAAAAGCAACUAAAAGAAGAGAAGAAAGAAAAGCGCAAGACACAAAAAGGUGAAAGAAAGAGGUAGCAAUCUAAAUGUGGUAAAUGAACAGCCUGGCUGUUCAAUAUUACUGUAUUAAUCCCAAAAUGGUAUUUACAAUAUCCUGACAUAGCCAAAUUAUUAACAUAUUCAUUGAAAACAUGCAAUGAUACGCAAUUCAAUAUAAUUUGAGAAUUAUUAUAAAAUUAUAUGUGGACUGUUCUGUUAUAAUUGUGACCAAUGUUAAAUUUCCAAUUAAUAUGUUCAUAAAAUAAUGGGAGUAAUUUCUUCUUCACAUACUAUGUAAAAACUUUCGGAAUGGGGCCUGUGCUGGUAAUGUGCAGUGCAUAUAUCUAGAUAGAUGCCGCAAGUACAGCAACUUGUAUGAAAACCAAGCAUGCCACAUUUUUUGUCACCACUAUGACGUCACAAGAACUAUUUAGUGAUGGAAACGUUGUUCCGCUCAC